GCUACUAAUCUGGCCGGUUCUACCAGUAUCUGCGUUUACCUACUGAUCUGUAUAUGAACUACCAAACUGUCCUUCCAAAAACAAUCGCGUCCUUAUGUGUCUUCGUUGCUGCCAUGAUCCAAAGGAUAGCACCAUCACAAGUUUUGGUAUAGUUGAGGAUGGUGAUCUGAUGCAGGACAUUGGGAUGAAUCGUACACUUGCGCUGCUUCAAGAUUUGAUGAAUCAAACCAGGGGCCCUGUUGUGGUGGAUCAACCCCCUCCACCUUAUUGCGAUUUCGCGAAGUAUCAACUAGUUUCUGAAUCCGUCGACAGAAGUGAGACUUCUGAGGUGACCAAUCGGUAUCCGACAAUUCCAGUGAUUGCACAACAAAACGUUUCAACUGCCGGUGGAUUAAAUGUUGAUCAACAGUCCGACCGUUGGACGGAGCCGUUUCCUAAGCCUCCCGGGGAACCACCUCCAGCGCUUCACAACUGGUUCCUCACCCGAUUGGCCUCAAUCCGACGAUCAUUAAUGGCUCACUUCUUCCAACAUACAACACAGGGAAGACUGAACGAUGCGGAACGAGUUACUUCAGCGGAACCACGCGAUUUUGUUGUGGAUUCGCCAACCCAAGUUUAUUUGGAUUCUGGCCCACAACCCGUCGAACCACAUCACACUGUAAUUACUUCAUCCCUGACCAGGCUGGAUCCAUCGGACGCAUCAGCUGAUGCUACACUUUCAGCGUGUAGUCCGCAAUAUCAGUUCAGAGUUCCUCAAGCGACCAGCCCCACCUCAGUGUUUCCUCCAGAGUAUCCCCGCGUCCUUUCUGUGUUACGGAGAACGCGAUCAAGUGAAGACAUGAACACAGUCUCCUCGCACAGCCAGCUUUCCGGAUGGAGACUACUUUCCCGAUAAUUCUUUGUGCCAACUAGUAAGGUGAACCUCCCAGUGCCUUAGCACCAUCACUCAUCCUCCCAUUCAGUAGGUUGGCGCUUUGCGUCCACAUUUCGCUACACACUGCUGGGAUCAACUCAUCUGGUAUUGAAACAUUUGCAACCUGACUACCAGCCUCGGCGAGCGCAGAAACAGUUGAAUUGUGCUCAAGUUUACCUUCUGCGGCGCUUCCACAUGCCCGCUCAAGAAUUAAGAGAAGAAACUUUCGGUAGCAUUUAUGUAUCUAUAAUUCAGCUUGAAACAAUCCAUCAGACCAUGACGUUCAAUCCAUUUUUUCUACUUCGAACAAAAGUAUAUUAUAUUUAUAUUGACCUUUGUUUUUUAUUCGUUACUCAUUGUGCUCGAUGUAGCUAACCUUCUUAUCAUACCGAAAUUCUUACGCAACUGCAAGGUAACCCCGCCUUGUUAGUGGCAUCCUCGCCACAUUACUUUCCAUGGUAGGACUGUUUAAUUAUGUGGCGUUUCCCUAAGAAUAUACGGUUUUCCACAGCAUACUGUUUGC